CGUGCCUACGCCGUGCCUACAUUAACGGCGAAGAGCAAAUAGUUGAGGCCGAAAUUGGUGCAACUUUCAGCCAGGAUAUACUCGUGGCAGGAAAUUGUCAAUUGGCGAAUUCCAGCUGUCAAUCUGAAGAAAAUCUUGUAAAGAAUGUGGGCAGCAAAACAUCUAAAGUUCCUUCCAAAAGAAAGGCCUCAAAGAAAUUGUCGCUAGAAGAAGAAGAGCAUUUAAUUUUGGCCGUCCAAAAUAGAAAACCACUGUGGGACAUUAGCCAGCCGAUAGACCAGAGAUCCAGGGAAAUCCGGAAACGACUUUGGCAAGAAGUUGCUGAUGAAUUGAAUGGUGUACUCGACGCAGCUGCUGUACAGCAGAAAUUUAAAUCAUUACGCGAUACAUACCGCAAAAUUGUCCAUUCAGAGCAAUAUCUUCCGAGUGGAUCUGGAAGGAAUGAAAAUGAGGAUCGUCACAAGUGGAAGCACUAUGGCAUAAUGGCCUACAGACAGAAAUAUCAUGCAUGGGUGACAGAACGUGCGCGGCAGAUGAAUAAUGCUCGAGGACAACUCCUAAAUGACAUAUUACUAGUUGCCAUUGUGCAUGAAAUAUUGAAUUCAGAAAAAAAGAAACGAAUCUAUAAAAAAAGGCGUUUUUGGGUACAUCCUAUAUUUCGAUUGAGAGAUAAAUAUGGAUUUUAUCAAGCUAUAUAUCCAACUCUGUCAAGAUAUGAACCAAAGUUUCAAAACUACAUGCGGAUGUCAUUAUCGCAAUUUGAGGAUCUGCUGGCUUUGGUUGCACCUCAUAUCACAAAAGAGACGGUGAUUCGAGAUCCCAUACCUGCUGCAGCACGAUUAUCUAUGACAUUAAGAUACUUGGCUAUUGGUGAUUCAAUGAAUUCCAUAUCGUACCAGUAUCUUGUUGGAACUACGACAGUGUCAAACAUUAUUGCCGAGACAUGUGCAGCAUUGUGGAAUUGCCUUGCUAAAAAAGUGCUUCCUUUUCCAUUAAGUAAAGAGGAUUGGCUUAAUAUCGAACGAGAUUUUAAAGAUCAAUGGAAUUUUAAUCAUUGUAUAGGCGCAAUAGACGGGAAACAUAUUGCAUAUUCAGUGUCCUCAUAACGCUGGCUCUUUAUAUUACAACUACAAGAACUAUCAUAGUAUUGUAUUACUCGGGAUAUGUGAUGCCAAAUAUAUGUUCACAUUCAUCGACAUUGGCGCUUAUGGCCGGCGUAGUGACGGUGGAAUUUUCCGAGAUUCUAUUGUGGGUCAGAAAUUUUAUAAUAAAGAAAUGGGACUGCCAGAACCUAAGAAACUCACAGUCGAUGGUGAGCCUAUGCCAUAUGUUCUUGUCGGCGAUGAAGCGUUCCAACUAACUGAUUUUUUGCUAAGACCAUAUCCAGGAAAAGGAGGACUUACUCACGAAAAAAACAUCUAUAAUUAUCGCCUCAGUCGUGCUCGUAGAACAAUCGAGAAUACUUUUGGAAUUCUUGUGAGUCAAUGGCGAAUAUUGAAAAAGCCUAUUGACGCUACUAUAAAAAACACAAUGCAAAUUGUCCAGGCCAUUAUUUGCAUUCAUAAUUGGCUCCGAAAACAGGAUUUAGACAUAAAUGAAUAUAUUUCUGCGGAUAUGAUUGAUUGCGAUGAAGCUAAUGGUUUUAUUCCUGGAAAUUGGAGGAAGGAAAUGAAUAGCAGUCAUGCCUUAAGAGAUCUUGGUAAUUGUGGCACUAAAAAUUCUUCUCGAGCUGCUAUGAACAUCAGAAAUGAAUUUUGCGAUUAUUUUAACGGUGAGGGUGCUAUACCUUGGCAGUAUCUUCGACAACAGUAAUUAAAAUUAUCAGCAUGGAUUUGCAUGAAGGAAAUAGUAAUAAUUUGAAUAAAUAAAUAUUACAUUUGCUAUUUUUUCUAUUAUUGUAUGUCUUCUCUAUCAUUGUACAUACA